UUGGAAAAUGUCGAAAAAAUAAUGGCGGAUCAUGAAAAUGUGAUUUUCCUAUUCGCGAUAAUUUUAACGUUUUGAACGAUUAGCAGAUUCGAAAAUCGGUUACGUUAAUGUUCGCGCGGUGCCUUUAAACCCGUUUUAAAUAUGUUACAAAUACUGUUAAUGUAGUUUCUUUGUGUUCCAAGUGAAAGCGUAUUUUUCAUUUGGUUGGGCUUUUUGGACAUGGCCCCAUUGCCCGAUAAUGAUAAAACCGACAAGAAUAAAGAGGACAAAGACGAAGAUAUGUUAAAGGGGGCCCAGAAAGAUGAAAAAACACUAUCUAAUCUAAACGACAGGGAGCUCAAAGCUCUGCUAGACGAAGCCAUAAACUACAAGAACCCCAAAGAUCGGGAAGGAAAAAGUGAGCUGUUUAAUGACCUUCUUCUGCAGGCUGAAGAGACUGAACGUAUAGCCAGGGCUACCUCGGCUGGGGGUUCCGAGUUGGUGAGGCAUUGUAAUCCACAAGCUCGUAGGCACAGGCAUAAUGGGGGCGUUAGGGGUAGAAGAUACGGUGGACCAACCACGUCAUCUAGUUUAAUGGGCAGAUCUGUUAGCGAAAGAGGUACACAUGGAGGAUCCCUGGAUAACCUGGCAAAAGAGGAACUUUAUGAAGCUACCUGUAGGCGAUUGAGAGGUGCUAGGAAAUCUAGUACUAGUUCUAGUGGGGCGUCUUCGAAUUACGGAGGAAAUCAGAUCAGAGUUAGCGCUAGACAGAGGGAAGGGGGCAGCCUACCGUGUAAUGUGAAUGCAGGAGAAUCGUCUAGGGACCUCUUUGAUGACGGUAAACGCCCUAAAGACAUUAAGGACAAGGACUAUACUGUUGUAGAUAUGGAAACAGAGGGUCUUCUAGAGAAUGAUCAUCUUCAAAGGAGUUACGAAGAGAGACAUAUUCAAGCCAGUAGUAUCCACAGUAAUAAUCAAUCUGAAAACGCAAUUGUAACAUCUGCAGCACACAAAUACACUACCAAAGCCUCUUUGCAAAUACAAUCAACUCGUGCCUCAGCAAUCUCAAAUGUGGACGACCCCCUAUCCUUGGACCUGGAAGGCGGAUCUGACAAAAAUGCCGACUCAAAUUCCAUAACUAAAAUGUUCUUUUAUUUUCAGAAAGUGGACGAAAAUGGGAACGCCCUCCACCAGAACAAAGAGAAAAAGAAGAAGAAGCAGGCCGAUAAGAAUGUGGUCGUUUUGAAGUCGGAAAAUAUCGAGGGACACAGAUCCGAAAUUAUUGAUAACGUGGAACAGCUGGUGCAUUACAUCGAGGGAACCACGGAAAAUAGUUUGAAAUCUCGCUCGGUACAAUCCUCCAAAUCUAGGCAGUUCCAUAAGCAGCACAAUUCCGAAGAUGGCGGUUCGAAAACCGGCAAGAGGAAGCACCCCAAGGCCGGCGGCAAGGAGAAUGGCAACACCGGUACUGGACGUCAUGAAUUAAAGAAAAGCAACUCUCUUGGUGAAAUUUCCGAGAGGAAAUUGGGCAGAGAAUUCGAAGCUUUCGGUGAGAAGAACGAUCAAGACGACGAAAAUGUCGUUUUAAGAACGAAUAAAACUAUCGGAGAUAGAACUCGGGAAAGAAGAUCUUGGGGAACCGUUGAGCCUUCCUCGUUUCAAACGUUCUAUAACGCCACGUCUUUAGAAAAUUUAGAAACAUCAGCCGACAAUUGGGUUGUGACCAGGCCAAAGAAGAAGAGCAAAAAACGACGAAACAGUGUGAGCAGCGCAAGCGCGGGUAGGCAGACUAGUUCAAUGGGUGGCAUGUCAUCGAGUAACGAUGAAAGAAGGAGCGGAAGAGCGGCAUCACCUGAUUUGGCAGUUGUUAUUGUCGGUGUUUCAAGUGUUAAAACUACCCGAUCGAUGCCACAUAGCGAGAAAAGCAACGAUUCCUCAUCAGACGUCGACUCAGUUCACUCACUACCCAUGGACGGACCCAUAUCUUACGCUGAUAUAGCAAAGAACAGCGAGAAAAAGAAACCCAGCCCUGAAAAACAAGAACGCCCCCUAGUUAUUACCACGAAAGAGAAACCUCAAUCUCGUACAACUACUAAAUCGUACGAAAACGAGUUCAAAAACUUACAUAACCUCACUUCAAGCGUUGAAAAAUCGUCUAGUUCUUCAACGUCAUCCUCCUCAACUGUUAAUAUUUCUUCUAGUGUACACAAAAACGUUGUUCCCGACGUGCAUAACAUAAAAAGCUUCCCGGCUAUUACCGGAACUUUAACGAAAAGUUCGAACACUGUAGUGUCUCACCAGAGCUCUACGACAACCAUGACAACAAGUGAUAAGGCUGUGCAAUCUCCAUUGACAUUCGAGGAAUCUUUUGUUCAAGAAAAAUCCCCUCCUCUCGUUAGUAGUGUUACUAAGUCACAAGAAACAAUUUUCGUAAGUGAGGUUAUACACAGUACCCCCGUACCGAACGAUCUGACGUUUACUGUGUCAACUAAUACGAUCUCCGCGUUAACCACGCCUACCAGCAGUAAAAAACCGAGUUCUAACCCUGUCAAAACGAAAGCUAACAAAGAAACGGUUAAAGCCAGUGUGCCAAAUAGGGAGAGUUCGGCGAUUCAAGUGAACCAAAGCGUGACGGCCUUCGUGAGCAGGCAGUGUGAAGUUCACAACGAAUUGCCGUUCUUUUCACAGCUCAUGAGGGACACGGCGCAGUACGCGACUCAGCGAAUGCCGCCGGACAUUGUGGACGUGUCCACCAUCGAGAAGUUGCAAUUUAUGAACUGCUCCACAUCACCACAAUCUCUAUCUGGCCAAAGUGUGACGGUACAUAAUUCUACGCCAGUGUCUUAUACCCCUUUGUCGAGUAGUAUAAACCAAAAAGACAUUGCUUGCGGUACGAAUCAGAGUAAGAGUAAACGGAAAAAAUCUGGAAAUAGUUCGAAAGUGAACUGUGCCCGGGACGAUAGUGGUCUUUCUUCUGUCUGUGAUAAUAAUUUGGGAGAAAGAGACGUUAGCAGUAUUCUUAACGGGGUAUCAGAUGAGAUUUUCUCGUCUCCGGAACCAAGUAACCAAUCAAAUAGCCCACCGCCAGUAGUGAUUCUGUCAGGCCAUAACAAAGACGUUCCCUCGGGUCUCGUUUUUGGUUUCGACAUUAACGAGCAACUCUUACUCGAAGACAGUGGCGGAGGGGGCGGGGAAAUAAGUUUAUUAGUUAGUAGCCAAAAUAUUAGUGAGAAUACGACCGAGAAUAGUGUAGAAACGUCACAUUCUAAAGCUGAGGAAUGGGCUAAACGUUACAAACCCCCGGCCAAUAGCGAAAAGAAUCUGAUAAAACACAACCACGACAAAAUUGUUAGUUAUAUAUCGUCCGCCUGGGACAACGUUAUCGGCCAAAACUUUCAAUAUUACUCCGAUGAGUUAUAAGAACUCGGACUAGUCCUACCUGUGUUAGUGAUAAAGUGAGACUUGAUUAUAAAUCUAUAUCGUAAAAAGUGCUUAAGAAGAGACUAUUUUAGUAAUAACGAAACUUAAUUUAUAUAAAUAAUAACGAGGAGAAUACCAUACACCCGAUACUAGUCACGAAUUUGAACAUCUAACUGUAGCGUAAGUUUAAAAUAAUGCGAGAAAAUUGUAAAAAAAUAUAUUUUAAUCUGAAACGAGCCACGCUUCGAGCUUUUUUUCCGGAAAGCUAUGGAUAUGGUGGGCGCGAAAAAGCAGUGCGAAAAAAGUGUUCCCUUACCGAUGGACCUAGUUUUGUUAUAGUGAAAAUCCUGUUAAAGUGCUAUAAUGUAAAAUGUCGUCACAAAAAAUCAGCAAUACUGCGAAGUAGCUAACGAUAGAGGCUCCAAAACGUUUUAGAGACCCCGCAGGCGCUCAGUUCUCUGACGCAGACGGACUGCCAGGUCAGUUUGACUAGUUUUAAAGUAACAGUACUUCUUAAAUUGUUAAACUUUUUAACUCUAUUUGCUUCUGAAAAAUUUUUCGUCAUAUUUAAAGUGUUAUAUUUUUUAUUUUUAUCCCAAUUUUCAUGAUUUUUUUACAAACUGUUUAUAAAUAUAUCAACUUAAUUCAUAAACUCAGUGUUUUAUUGGGCUUUAUUAUAAAGGGUUUAUCGAAUGGUUCUUUUUUACCCUAACUUUAAAACACCCUGUGCAUUAACUUCGUAAGCAAAUUUUCCUAAAACAUUAUUUUUCUGUCAGAACCAUGUUGUCGCCGGAGCAUUUUGUUGUUUGUCUCAUGUUAACACAUGCGUUGGUUAAUUUUUAAGAGCAAAAUAGGAACUUGCUACAAAUAUUUUACAAUUUUUUCAAUUGUCGUUACUUUUUGAUGUUAUUCUUCAUAAUGACAAAGUGGCUUUGGUGAUUAUUGUUGUGUACGAUUGAAUAUGGUUCUUAAUGUGAAGAUUGUGCAAAAGUCGUUGAUCUUGUUGAAGAUGACCGAAAUUAUGAAUAUUCGCUUGGUCCUUGAAGAAGAAUGGGAAAACAUAACACUAUAUAUUUGCGGCCUCAUUAACAGUAUGAACCAACGUCUACAGACAGUAUUCGAGUAUUUUUACAACUUUUUUUCUGUUUGGACACUUAGUUAUUACAGUUAUUUUCGUUAAUAUCUUUAGUUCUGUUAGUAAUAUUUAUUAAAAUGAAGCCUGUAUCGUUACUUUUUAACGUUUUUUAAAUUUAAAUAUAGAGUUCUAAUCAGUGUCGAUAUGACAUUACGA